AUGCCAAAGGAAAAAACGCAUAUCAACUUGGUAGUUAUUGGACAUGUCGAUAGUGGCAAAUCUACAACAACUGGGCACUUGAUCUACAAGUUAGGAGGAAUUGACAAACGUACCAUUGAAAAGUUUGAAAAGGAUUCUUCCGAAAUGGGGAAGAGCUCCUUCAAGUAUGCAUGGGUGCUUGACAAGCUCAAGUCUGAGCGUGAGAGAGGUAUUACUAUUGACAUUACUCUCUGGAAAUUUGAGACCCAGAAAUACGAGUACACUGUCAUAGACGCACCUGGUCAUCGUGACUUUAUCAAAAAUAUGAUUACUGGGACUUCACAAGCCGACGUUGCUAUGCUUGUCGUUCCUGCUGAAUCUGGCGGAUUCGAGGCUGCUUUUUCCAAAGAAGGUCAGACCCGUGAACACGCCUUACUAGCCUUCACACUUGGCGUCAAACAGAUGAUUGUUGCUAUUAACAAAAUGGAUUCUUGUCAGUACAAGGAGGAUCGUUAUAUGGAAAUUUUCAAGGAAGUACAGCAGUACUUGAAGAAGGUGGGUUACAAAGUUGAAAGCGUGCCGUUUGUUGCUAUUUCAGGAUUCCACGGUGACAACAUGGUUGAAAAAUCUACUAACAUGCCUUGGUAUAAGGGUAAGACCCUCGUAGAGGCACUUGAUCAAAUGGAGCCUCCAAAACGUCCGGUCGAAAAACCUCUUAGAUUGCCCCUGCAGUCAGUCUAUAAAAUUGGAGGUAUUGGUACGGUACCAGUCGGAAGGGUCGAAACAGGACAACUGAAAGCAGGAAUGAUCAUUACUUUUGCCCCCACUGGUUUGACCACUGAAUGUAAAUCUGUUGAAAUGCAUCACGAGGUUGUGGAAGUGGCUAGCCCCGGUGAUAACGUUGGAUUUAAUGUCAAGAAUGUGUCUGUUAAGGAUAUUAAGAGAGGAAAUGUGGCUUCGGAUUCGAAAAAUGACCCAGCCAAGGAAGCUACCUCUUUCUCUGCACAAGUCAUUGUACUCAAUCACCCUGGUACCAUCAAGGCCGGUUACUCACCUGUGGUUGAUUGCCAUACUGCCCACAUUGCUUGCAAAUUCGAAUCUCUAGACACUAGGAUUGACAAGCGUACUGGCAAGACUUUGGAAGAAAAUCCUAAGACUAUUAAGAAUGGUGACGCUGCCAUGGUGACUAUGAAACCAAAUAAACCCAUGGUUGUGGAAACUUUCACCGACUACGCCCCGUUGGGCCGGUUCGCCGUGCGUGAUAUGAGGCAAACGGUCGCAGUUGGUAUAAUCAAGGCGGUUGAAAAGAAGGAUCCAUCUUCUGCCAAGGUUACCAAGUCAGCUGUUAAGGCUGGGAAGAAGUAA